AUGACAAUGCAGAAUAUUGCCAAGGUUGGAGCUGGUCUCCAAAACUUUGCCAACAACUGCUUUGUCAACUCCGUCUUGCAGUGUCUCACCCACACUGCCCUACUUGCAGAUUACCUGCUCACCGGAGAGCAUUCUCAGAACUUUAUUGCAGAGCAUUUUGAGCUUGGACGCCAAGAAGACGCCAAUGAAUUUCUGACGUUUCUAAUCGCUCAGCUGCGGACUUCAUCCAUCUACGAGUCUGUAUUUCGCUCAAGCUUUGACCAAACCAAGGACAGAAACAUCGGUCUUAUUGACCACAUAUUUUCCGGCACUCUACAAACACAAGUGGUUUGUCAGAGUUGUCAUUACGCAUCCAACAGAUUUGAGGAAUUCCUGGACAUCCCUCUGGAGAUAAAUUCCUCAAAAACGAUUUUGGAAUCUCUGAAGAACUUCACCAGAACAGAGAGACUGGAAGGAGACAACGCAUACCGAUGCAAUGGGUGUUACCAGUUAGUGUCGGCUGAAAUGAGGAGUACGAUCGACAACACUCCGAACGUCCUGAUCCUGACUCUGAAGAGGUUCAACGCAUUCAGUGGACGAAAGCUGAGCAAGGAUAUCAAAUACCCCGAGACCUUUGACAUCGCUCCUUAUACCUUGAGGCCUGAUGACCAUAUCAACUACAAUCUGUAUGCUGUGAUUGUGCACAGAGGACACUUUUCCACAGAAGGACAUUAUUAUGCCUACGUAAAGGCUGGUGACGAUCGGUUGUAUAAGAUGAACGACAGUGAGGUAACCCCAUGCAGCAUCAGCAAUGUCCUACAACAACAGGCCUAUCUGCUUUUCUACAAAAAAGCACAAACUGAGCCUUGCCCACCAAAAACAGCCGAAAGCACCUCCGAAGCACCUAAAGCUUUGGAAGUGGAAGAAAAAGCAAAGGAACAACCUUUGAAGGACAAUGAGAGAGCCAUUGUGCCAAUACAAUCUCUCAUCAGGGGCACAACAGAUGCAUCUGUUUGUGCCACUCAACAGGUUGAUGGUCUACCGGAUCCCCUGGGACCUGAUAAUCAUCUACCUGUGGAAACAGAAGAGAAGUGUCUCCCAAACAUAGAGACUGUACAGGAGGAGGAGAAGAAAGUCAAGAAGAACCGUCUAUAUAAAUUGUUCUGCAUAACGUCCUCCACAAAUGAUCAGAGGGAUGAGAAGAAAAAGAAAAAUAAGAAAAAGUGCUGGCUUCUUAGAUUGCUGAGCCCAAAGUCAUCCACCAAUGAUAACAGCAAAGAGAACAAGGAAGAGAAGAAGGGCUGGCUUCGUAAACUAGCCAGACGAAAUUAA